AUGACGACCGGAUACUCAAUAACGACCCCUCCUGAUGAUACCGUGGACAUUGUAACCCAGCGCCCUGAUACGAUCCAUAGACUACGUGCUCACACCGAAGCAAGAGAUACUGGCAAUAUCGAUCCUGACACAGCUGGUAACAUCUCUGAACAAGAAGCUAGUGAGGAGGUUCACGCAGCACAGGUUUUUCAGGAUCGGCACACAUCUGAGUUUGGAUACUUCGGUUUGUCUUCGAACCAUGCAUUUUUCCGAUCGAUAUCACGUUGCUUCAGACGCUUCUUGCGUGGUGCGCCGCCACAGCAUGAUCGAAUCCAAUCACUGACAACUGAAGACUGGAGUGAGGUCAACACAUCAGAAGCACGCCAAACAAGUAGCCCCAGGAACGACUCCGUGGCAACAUUACCAGCUAUUUCAGAGUCAUUCUCCAUGCUUGACCGCUUCAUAGCAACCAGCGCAGGUGCCUUUCCUUUCGUUAGUAAAGCGAUCUUGACAUCAUCUCUCAAGGAACUGGCCUUUGGGUCUCGGAAGUCGAGAUCGACAACGAAGCGAGCACUUGUCAACAUCAUGUUUGCAUAUUCGUGUUUGGCGAUUGAAGACCCUCAGUGUGACAUGUACUUUCAGCGGACCAUACAAUGUCUGACCCCUGAAACUCUCCGAGGCGCAAAUCUGGAACUCAUUCAGGCAUUACUGCUGGUGACAAGCUAUCAACAGCAACAGCAGAUGCCCGUCAGCAGUGGAACGUACCAUGCCUUGACGGUAAAAGCCGCGUUUCAGCUCGGUCUGCAUUGUCCUUCCAGUUACAAGGAAGUUUCGCCAUCAGACUCGGAAUUGAGAAAGAGACUAUGGUAUAGUUUGAUCAACCAGGAUAGCGAUCUGUACAGUAUCAUCGCGGCCAUGCUCAGCGACAUUUACCAACACAACAUUGGGAGGGAUUCAUCUUUGAGCACGUGGUCUUUGCUUGCAUUAAGAUUGCAAUUGUACCAGCGAUUUGAAGAAUGGCGCCAACAACUCGACCCUCGUCUAAGGCUCAUCACACCACAAGAUGUUUGCACCGUCCUUACAUCCCAGAUCGAUGAGAAUCGAUUCAGAAUAUCCCUGACAGUACAUUACUACCGCGCUUUGAUCAUGCUUAAUGGACCGAUCAUUGAAAGGUUGCUGGGCAUUAGUGUCAGCUCCUCCAGCUUAGAUGAAGCUGCUCAAUCUCUCUUCGAGCAAUGUGUACCGACCAUCAAGAACGAUCUUGUUGUGCUCGAGAACUUGAAUCAAAUUAUUUCCAUCAUUUCACAAAGCGAAGAUUUCAUUAACCACAACAACGUCCGAUGGAUGUCCAAUCAUGCCUGUUCGAUACUAGCCAUGCAUCUUUUCUGUCUUGCACUGCUUUUCCACAUCCGCCCUGAACUUGAAGCGAAGACUGUCACUCGAACAUCUAGAAUCAGAGAGCUACUGGGACAAUGCCUUGAUAACAUGAAAGUACUGCAACGAACUAGUAUACUGUUUCGGAAAGCUCGUGAAGCGCUCGAGGUCUUCACCCAAAAGCUAGAUUCAAUUGGCCUUAGAGAGCUGCCUACAUCUGGCGCUUCCGCAUCUGAGAUUGGAGCACCCUGCACUUCUGCUCCUAGGCAUUACGACUUCAGUAUGAGCACCGACUUCUUUGGACAGUCUGAAUUCGACUUUCUGCUGGGAGACGGAUUUUAUUGCUAA